AUGUGCGCGAACCUGCAGCCUGAGUUCCCUCCCCCACACCGCUGUAGGAUUUCCAAUUAUACGGCUAACUUUAACCUUGACGGAGAGUUCUACGCCUCAUCCAUACAUGAUUUUGAAGUGGUGCAUGCAGCACGUAGUUCAUUCGGCGUUCUGCAUUACUCGAGGAAACGUCGUCGCAGUUACACUAGAUUCAGUAUAGGGGAACGCUUCAGGGCUAGCGUCCGAUUGUCACUAAAGUUGUUUGGGCGGGGAAUAACACAGACAAAACCCAUCUAUUAUUCUGAACGUCGCAAUGAGGAUCUUGAAGAUGCCGAGAAAAAAUUAUCGGAAGAGACUUCUGGAAACGAUAAAGCCUCUGGAAAAACUGAUGCCUCAGUAACCACAGAAACAUUUGGACUUUCCAUAGAAGAAACGGUCAAUACUGGAUUCGGUGUUCGCUUCAAUGGUAUCUUCUAUUCCCGAGGACGCCGUAAAUUUCUUUCUUCAUAUCUCCGCGAAACAGAAGGAGUAAUUGAGGAAGAUAGGUCGAUAUAUCAUCCUCCGAAGAAGAAAGUAAUUCUAAACCCGAAUUAUGGGAAACGAACUUUCUAUGUGCAGCCUGCUGUAUCCUGA